GGCUCGGCCCUAAGCCGUUGAGUAGUGUGAGGUCAGGCUCCACCAAUCCCACCCAGCACACACUGUUCAGGGGAAAGAGACGACAACAUGGCCGAAGCAGAGAGUAGCGAGUUAACUUCUGGUGGAAUUUUUCAGGAGAUCUUCACUUCUCCGCUGAAUCUGACCUUGCUCAGUCUCUGCUUUUUCCUUUUGUACAAAAUCUUCCGCGGGGACAAACCACCGGAGCUCAGUGAGGAGGAUAAACCACUGCCCAAAAUGAAGAAGAGAGAUUUUACGCUUGCGGAGCUGAAGCCCUACGAUGGGCUGCAGAACCCGCGGAUCCUCAUGGCCAUAAACGGAAAAGUGUUUGACGUGACCAGAGGGAAGAAGUUCUACGGACCAGAUGGACCGUACGGAGUGUUUGCAGGCAGAGAUGCAUCCAGAGGUCUGGCAACCUUCUGCCUGGAUAAGGAGGGCCUGAAAGAUGAACACGAUGACCUGUCGGACCUGAACUCCAUGCAAAAGGAGAGCCUUUCUGAAUGGGAGUCUCAGUUCACCAUGAAGUACGACUACAUCGGCAAGCUUCUGAAGCCAGGAGAGGAGCCGACCGAGUACACCGAUGACGAGGAAGGAAAAAACAAGAAGGCGAACUAAAACAUGAACCGUGACCACAAGGGGAACAAGAUGCCUUAAUGUAUAUUGGUAAUUUGAUAACCCUAAUAGGGUCGCUGGAAAACUCCUCCACCUUCUGUCCAUCUACCACUACUUUUGGACCAAUCUCGGCUUGUAUACAAUGACUGAAUUCAGUUUAUCUUUAUUAAUCUCGUCUGAAGGCAUUAACGGUUAGAAAUGCAGCUUUCUAAUGUAGAGUUCUUUAAUUGUUUAGAGCUGUUACUGUAAUCUCUCAAACACUGAUCCACCAACCAAUCCCAGCGUUUUGUUGAGCUCCUGGUAGUUAUGUGGUGCUGAAAAAGGUGAUCAGCUCAUCUUGAUGGUUGCCAGGUUUCGCUGAAGGGUCUCAGGAAGCAAUUUUUGGUUAUGAUUGGCUGCCCAUCAGAAACACCAGGCAGAGUUCUGUGCCUGAGAUAACCAUAUUGCUGACAUCCCCUCUCUGUGACCUCACAGAGACCCAAAAGUAGAAAAAACUGUCUGAAACUGAGCAGUGUAAAGUCUGAACCUUUGGCUCACAGGGGUUAGUUGUACAUUUGAGUCUUUGGGCCUGUGUGAUAAGAAAAUCCAUUGCUGUAAGAUGACAUAAAUCACAGGAAAUAAUAAUACACUGCCCUUGACACAGACUUGCGUCAUUAAAUCAAGGCCUUAAAGGAGGUAGUCUAAACACUGCUGGUGUCAUUGUUCUGUAGCCGCUACAUUGUGCAGUUCCUAACAUGAUAAGUUAAAUCUAAAACUCGUCCAUUGUCACUUUAAUUAUAAGAGUAAGUACAUUUUCCUUACAAACUACAUCUAACUUUCACAUCAGGCCUGUUGUACUGAUGAUCUCUGAAGAUUUGUACCUGCAUGCAUGUUCAAACUGUAAGAGGAUGAUGAUGUACCAUAGGUCUGUUAUCCCUACCCUUCGGUUUACUCCUAACAGUUCCUGUAGCUGGAAAAAAAUAUUCCAAGUAUAAAAGUCAAAUUUUGCAUGGCAUAAUUAAAUACACUAAAUCUGUCCCAAAAAUGAGCUGAUUUUGAGGGGAUUUGGUGGGAACCUUUAACAUAUUUGAUUGAUCUUAUAUCAAUGGCUCCAUAGUCACUAUUAACAAGUGAAAGAUCCCUGGUUUGACGCCAGGAAGAGACACAGAUCCCUUUGGGGUUCUUUAAGGGUAUCGCUCAGGAGGGAACAGCUGAAAGUAGCUUUAUAAUACUACUGUGACAGUGCAGGUUGAUGUGUUUCCUCUGCAUGGAAAGGCCAUCUUCUCUCUCCCUCUGCUGUUUCCUGCGAUCUUACCACAGAACAGCAGUUAAGCAUUUUAGCAUCUGGAUUCAACAUCCCAGACAAAGGAUUUGCUGCUCUUUUCAUUCUCAAUUUGCUUUUCGACCUGUAAAAGCAGUAGACAAAACCUUGUCAGUAAAUGAAUUAGAAAAAAUGCGUAAUGGUAAGUGCGGUCACCGUGGUGCUCCUUUAAACGAACAAACAUUUGGAAAUUAUUUCCCCCCAUUUAUUCUGUUUACCUUGAUUUUAACACUAAAUCCAUGAUGACAGAGAGACCAAAACCAACCCUCAGAUCAGCUGUCAUGGACGUAACAGCUAAACUUUGAAGCGUUUUCAAGCCUUCAGACGUGAGUUCAUUUGUAACUCAGGAGUUGUUUCUGACUGUAGAAAAAUGUUUUCUUCUAUGUAACUUCCAUUUAAAACAAACAAAACAUCCAAUAUGUUGACAUUCCUAGUAUGCGUAUAUAUAUUAUUCAUCAUACAGUCAUACUGUUAUAAUCCUGAAAUGAUGUUUUGAUUUAAUUAAAAAAACUACAAUAUGAA